UCUCUUUUGUUUUUUCUCUUCCAAAGUUCAGCAGCAGCAAGCAGAAUAGGAGAAAACGAACGGAAGGAGAAGAAGAAAGAAACCAUGAAGUACGUCGUCGUGACCGGCGGCGGGAUGAGCGGGCUCGGCAAAGGCGUCACCUCCAGCAGCGUCGGCGUCCUCCUCCAGGCCUGCGGGCUCCGCGUCACCUGCAUCAAGAUCGACCCUUACCUCAACAUCGACGCCGGCACCAUGUCCCCCUUCGAGCACGGCGAGGUCUUCGUCCUCCAAGACGGCGGCGAGGCCGACCUCGACCUCGGCAACUACGAGCGCUUCCUCGACGUCACGCUCACAAGCGACAACAACAUCACCACCGGCAAGAUCAACCGGACCGUCAUGGAAAAAGAACGCAGGGGAGCCUAUCUAGGAAAGACCGUACAGGUGGUCCCCCACGUGACGGAUGAAAUCCAGGAUUGGAUCCAGCGCGUGGCCCACGCGCCCGUCGACGGGAAGGAAGGUCCUCCCGACGUCUGCGUGAUCGAGCUGGGCGGGACCGUCGGCGACAUAGAGUCCUGCCCGUUCGUCGAGGCGCUGGCCGAGCUCUCGUAUCGAGUCGGGGACUUCUGCCUGAUCCACGUCAGCCACGUCCCCGUCCUGAGCGCCGUCGGCGAGCAGAAAACGAAACCGACUCAGCACAGCGUCCGGACGCUGAGGAGCCUAGGGUUGGCUCCGAACAUCCUGGCGUGCCGGAGUAACUCCCCGCUCGAGGGCUACGCGCGGGAGAAGCUGGCGCGGUCGUGCCACGUGUCGUCCGGGAGCGUGCUGAGCUUGCACGAUGUCGGGAAGAACGUGUGGCGCGUCCCGAUUCUGCUGAGGGAUCAGAAGGCUCACGAGGCCGUGCUGAGGGUUUUGAAUUUGGAUGUGAAGGAGCCUGAUUUGAAGGAGUGGACGGCUAGGGCUGAGCUUUUUGACGCGUUGGUCGAACCGGUUCGAAUCGCUUUGGUUGGGAAGUAUAUGGGUCUAACCCGUAUUAAUAAGGAUGCCUAUUUUUCCGUUGAGAAGGCGCUCCUGCAUGCAUCGGUUGCUCUCCGGAAGAAGCUCGCCGUCGAUUGGGUUCCCGCUGAGGAUCUCGAAGAUGGAACCGCACAAGAGAACCCUAAUGCUUACAAAGCUGCAUGGAACAAGCUCAAGGGAGCGGACGGGAUUCUGGUUCCCGGAGGAUUCGGCGACAGAGGCGUGGAGGGCAAAAUCCUCGCCGCAAAACACGCCCGGGAGAACCGGAUCCCUUACCUCGGCAUCUGCCUGGGGAUGCAGGUCGCCGUCAUCGAGUUCGCGAGAUCGGUCCUCCUCGACAUGCAAGACGCCAACAGCACGGAGUUCGACGCCGAGACGAAGAACCCGUGCGUGGUGUUCAUGCCGGAAGGAUCGAGGACCCACGUGGGCGGCACCAUGCGGCUAGGCUCAAGAAGGACCUACUUCCACCACAACGACCACCACGACGUGGGCUGCAUGGCCGCGAGGUUGUAUGGGAACGUGAGUUACGUGGACGAGAGGCACAGGCACAGGUAUGAGGUGAAUCCGGAGAUGGUAGCGCGGUUUGAGGAGGCGGGGCUUUGGUUUAGUGGAAGGGACGAGAGCGGGGAGCGGAUGGAGAUUGUGGAGCUGGGGGAGCAUCCGUUCUACGUUGGCGUGCAGUUUCAUCCGGAGUUUAAGUCGAGGCCGGGGAAGCCUUCUCCGGUGUUCACGGGUCUGGUAGCAGCAGCGUGUGGACAGCUGGAGAGUGUGUUGCAACAAAGCCACGGGGAAAGCAAUGGGUUCGAGAAAACCGAUGGAGUUGGAAAGGUCGUCGAAAAGUAAGUGUUGGCGCCAAGGAAAAUUAGGAGUUUUGGUAAAUUUUUGGAUUUUAAGAUUGGAGGAUUAUGUUGGAUUUUGUUAUUUCAGGGUUUGUGUUGGAUUUCGGAAGUUAGUAGUUUAACAAGCAAACACGUUGUCGCUAUUAUUAACAUAUCCA